GCAGCGCUUAGUUCAUUUUCACAUCCCCGUUUGGCUGGCUGCACAGGUGUUUGCCCGUCUCGGACUGACAGCAUAUCGCGGUGUGAAGUUGCAGUGAGUUGUGUGGAGCACGUUGUACGAUCAAACGACACAGCGAACGUUGUGUGCGAGCAGUACGUGUAGUGACCGCGGAUGCGCCUGUGCCUAACCGAAAGCCAAUAAAUUCGUUAGCCUCGACGGAGCCAUAUUUUGCGGGUUGCGAUUUUAUUCUCGUCCGAUUCGGUGGUUGAUUGGUAUUCAGCGGUGCCACGACUAGGCGCAUAACUAGGUGUCAAUGCAUUGGUCGGGAGUGUGAUGCAGAGCAGUGCAAUUAUUCAAAUCGUCAGUUUGAAAUUCACAUGAGUCGCGCGUGUAAAGGCAAUCAAAAAAUUUACGAUCGUAUUGACACAUAAAAAAAAUACUAUACAGUUUAGUGCAUUAGAAGGAAAAACAAACAAACAGAAAAGUAUGAAUAAAGUGGUGAAGUGUGCCCCGCGCAGACGAAGAUUGGUGGCUCAUCAAUCAAGUUCUACGACGACAGUUCAUAGUUGCUGCCAAAUGAUAUUGAUCUCGAUAACGCUGCUGCUGGUUUGCGGUGGAUCAAAUGGACAGAUCACAAGAAGAUUUCCGGCUGACUUCCGGUUCGGGGUUGGUUCUUCCGCCUACCAGAUCGAGGGCGGAUGGAACGCAGGGGGUAAAGGCGAAUCCAUCUGGGACCGUAUGACCCACCAACAUCCGGAGAAGAUUGCGGAUGGCAGCAAUGGCGACAUUACCGCGGAUAGUUAUCACAACUGGCGACGCGAUGCCGAGAUGGUGCGCGAACUGGGUGUUGACAUUUAUCGUUUCUCACUUUCGUGGCCCAGAAUUUUGCCUAGUGGAUUCGUAAACAGCGUUAGUAAAACUGGAAUCCGUUACUACAGUGGGCUCAUAGACGAAUUGCUCAAGUACAACAUUACCCCGAUGGUUACGUUAUACCAUUGGGAUCUACCUCAGCGGCUGCAAGACUUGGGCGGGUGGACCAAUCCGGAACUGAUUAGCUACUUUAAGGAUUAUGCGCGGGUCGCAUUCGAACAGUUCGGUGAUCGCGUUCAGAUUUGGACAACUUUCAAUGAACCUUGGCAUGUUUGCGAGCAAGCGUACGGAAUUGAUUUUAUGGCACCAGCGUUGGAUUACCCCGGAAUAGCGAACUAUCUGUGUGGGCACAAUCUGCUGAAGGCCCAUGCGGAGGUUGUUCACAUGUACCGAAAGAAGUUUAUGCCGAAACAGCAUGGAACGAUUGGUUUCACGACCGAUAUUUCCUGGCCGGAACCGAUGACCAACAGCGAAGAAGAUCGGGCAGCUUCGGAACUUAGUUUGCAGUUCUAUAUUGGAUGGUUCGCUCAUCCGAUUUUCUCGGAGAGUGGAGACUACCCACAGGUGAUGAUUGAUCGGGUGGCUGCACUAAGCAAACAGCAAGGAUUCUCCAAAUCAAGACUGCCUCGAUUCACUCGGGAAGAGGUCGAUAUGAUCAAAGGCACAGCGGACUUUUUCGGAAUCAAUUCCUACACCUCAGUACUGGUUCAAAAGAAUGACAGAAAUAAUUCAGCGAGAUUCCCGGUGCCCUCCUUCAAUCAUGACAUGGGUGUAGUAGAAUCCAGCGAUCCUACCUGGCCGAAAAGUGGAUCCGUUUGGUUACAUGUGGUUCCGUCAGGCAUGAACAAACUGUUGAAUUGGAUUCGUAAGGAGUACAACAACCCUCCGGUGUACGUAACGGAAAACGGUGUCAGUGAUCGCGGUGGCACCAACGAUUUGAAACGCAUGGAUUACUUCAACUCCUAUCUGGAAGCGGUACUGGAUGCUAUCGAGGAUGGUUGCAACGUUCAGAUGUACGUGGCCUGGAGUCUAAUGGAUAGCUACGAAUGGAAAGCCGGUUUCACUGAAAAGUUUGGUCUUUACCACGUUGACUUUAGCAGCCCUAAUCGGACACGAACUCCGAAGGCAUCGGCAAAAGUGUACGCCAACAUAGUUAGGACACGUCAGAUCGACUGGAGCUAUCGUCCAGCACCGGAAGUGAUGAUCAAGCCCCCAUCCCCGUAUCGAUCCAACGGUGUUCCUGUUAAAGUUCCUGUGAUAUAUUUGCUGAUUGUGACCAUGGCCGUUGCGCUGAAAGUAGCUUUCAGUAGUUAGCGGGGAUAAAGCUCAAUGUACCGAAAUAGUAUUUAAUGAUUUAUGUUUUUCUUUUGUAUUACAAACCAGUGCUCAUGUAAAUAAAUUGAAACUUUUGUUUUUCAUCGAA